AUGAACAGCCUCAGCAUCAUCGACUAUGUGGUGUUCGGCGCCACAAUCCUCAUAUCACUUGGCAUCGGUUUGUAUUUCGCCCUGUCUGGUGGACGUCAGCGAUCUACAUCAGAGUUUCUGGUCGGAGGUCGCAACAUGCAGAUUAUCCCCGUCGCGUUGUCGCUCAUGGUGUCCUUUGAAUCGUCCAUCAUGAUCCUGGGUUAUCCAGCUGAAGUGUACGUGUAUGGCGCCCAGGUCUGGAUCACCUGCUUCAGUCAGUGUCUGAUGGUGUUCUUUCUUACUGGUCUACUGGUUGUGCCUUUGAUGCAUCCACUCAAGAUAACGUCUGUUAAUGAGUAUAUACAAAGGCGUUUCAAUUCCCGUGCAGUCCGCCUCUUAGGAACUUUUGUUGGUCUGUUAUUCUACGUAUUCUACAUUGGAAUAGUAGUGUUUGGGACAGCCAUAGGUCUCGAAGAAGUGACUGAUAUACCUAAAGUGUGGUCAAUGUUCCUCGCCAUCUUUGCUGCCAUCAUUUAUACAGCAAUGGGUGGUAUCAAAGCAGUUGUAUGGACCGAUGUCUUCCAGGCUUUCAUUAUGACCCUCGGAACCCUGGUCAUUAUCAUUAAGGGUACCUUAGAUGUCGGGGGAGUGGUGGAAGUGUGGUCUGCUGCAUCCAAAGGCGGAAGAUUUAACAUGUUAAACUUUGAUCCUGAUCCAACUGUGCGCCACACGUUCUGGGGGCUGUACUUUGGGAACCUGGCAAGAGGACUCUAUUUGUCAUUCAACCAAUCAACCGUACAACGUAUAUGUUCAAUGAAGACGCUGAGGGGAGCACAGAAAGCUACCUUUCUCGUCUGUCCAAUCUACUGGCUGUCUUUAACACUCUCCAUACUAAUUGGUAUCGUGGCUUACUCCUAUUACGAUCAUCUGGGGUGCGAUCCGCUUGCUUCUGGUCAAAUCAUCAACCCAAAUCAGAUCGUUCCCUUCCUGACUGUGGACAUAUUCAAAGGUAUCCCUGGGAUGCUGGGACUGUUUGUGGCAGCUCUCUGUAGUGCCUCACUGAGCACUAUUUCCUCUGGGCUGUCCAGUCUGUCGGCCACAACCUGGGAAGACAUCCUCAAGCAUCACCUGCCAAACCAUUCCGACUUCAAGGCAACACUUGUAGCUAAAGUAGCAGUGAUCAUCUACGGAGUGUUUUCCUUUGGGGUAGCCAUCCUAAUAUCAUUGGUCAGUGGAACAUUGUUGCAGAUAUCCACAAGUGUCCUAGCGGCCUUUUCCGGACCUCUGUGUGGAUUAUUCAUCUUGGCAGCAUUUUGUCCUUGGGCUAAUGCAAAGGGGGCAUUCACCGGUACACUCGUGGGUUCAAUAAUUAUGAUGUGGAUCUGCCUGGGUUCUGCAUUUUCCGAUGUUGUGAAGCCGACACCAUGGCUUCCUCCUGCAUCAACUGACCAAUGCAUGACUGCAACACCACCAGUGGCUUCAAACACGUCUACGUGGACGACGUUUACACCAUCUGUGUACAACACAUCAGUGGCCGAAACCUUCCGAGAGCCCAUAUGGAUAGAGGAAAUCUACCGGCUCUCUUAUGUGUGGCUUGGACUUCUCGGCACUUGUUUGACUACACUCACUGGCUUCGCUGCCAGUUGGAUCACAGGUUUUAAUCGCAACAGCCCAGUAGAUCCCAGGUACUUGGUGCCUGUAGUUGACAGACUGUGCUGCUGUCUUCCCAGAUCGACCAGGGCUUUCCUUUCACGAAGAACAAACGAGGAUAGCAUCACGAGUGCAGUGAAUCUUGCUAGGCCUCGGCUGAUGACGCCAACAGAGGGAGGACAUGAACUGCCGCUGUCGGUCAGAGGGUCGGAGGAGUUGUCUCCCUUACAACCAUGCAGCGGGGUCGAAACUAUAUGAUAUUUAAUCCGAUGGAUGAACGAACACUUCUCUCCGCGUUAAGACUCACUUAAAAAUAGACUUCCUGGUAAAGUUUGGAAAUUCAGUCUAAAAAGAACCAAUCUCUUGAACAUUCAAACCACCUAUUGAGCCUGAAGGCCGAGAAUGAAUUAAACAGCUCGUCUUGGUUCCACAAAUUUUAUGUCUUCUGGUUUCAUUUCUCACUCGCAUAUUCCCAACUGUGUCUUCCCAUUCUCAUGGAACUAAUGUUUGAAUCUGACCGUUACUGACCAUGUCAUUUGAAUCAGCUGUCUUCUCUCUGACAUAUUUGUUCCAGUUCGUUGUAUACAGUCUGACAGUUGCUGUUUUUGCCUCCUGCCUGACAGGUCCUUUGAACUCUGUUUGAUGCUUCUCAUCGUUGAUUGGCGGCUGACUCUGUGGGCGUGUCAAGUUAUGUGCAUGAAUUAAACAAUCACCUGAUUCAUGUAACAGGAUAUUGUAUCGUUUUCAGGGAUAUUGUUUUAGCUUUUUCAUUUCAAGUAGUUUUUGUCUUUAUUAGUUUCAGUAUAAAUUUAUGUGCUUGGGUUAAGAGUCCAAGCGGUUGGUCCAUUUUAUUUAAGGGUGGACAGGUUAUUCUAUUCCUGUUCUUUUGCAUUUGUACACUUUCAGUGAUUCUGCUUAUAAAAU